AUGAACAGUCAUGAUGUGGAUCGGUUUCGUGGUCUUGACAUGAGCCAUGGUUUCAUCAAAUCCAUUGUGAAGAAUCAAAUUGACAGAGAUGAAUAUCACAAAGUAAUGGAGGAACGAAAAGUAGAAGUACAAAAGAAAAUCAGAGAAAGUAAAAGAAAGAAACCUGUUCCUGCAGCUGAAUACAAACUUUAUGUACCACCCCACCUUCGGUCGAAAAACGAGUCGUCUGAAACAGCAAGAAAGAGCAUAUCCGAUCGGAAAAACCCUUGCCCUGCGAUUGUCAGUGAAUUAGAGGAGUCUACACUUCGCGAAAAGGUACGCAGUCGCCUGCAGGCUCGUGCUGAAGAUUUGCCGAAUAUACAAUCCUUGGGAAAGGAUUCAGUACCAACAUCUACACCAUCAAGACCUGUAUUUCUGUUGAAUCUGAAGAAGAAUUCUGGUGACACCGUUGAUAUAGCUGUGAUGAACACUGACAAUGCCGCUCGCUUAGCAAAGGAAUUAGGGCGAAAACAUGGUCUCACGGAUGACCAGUGCAGAAUGCUACGACUUACACUUGAGAGAGAGUUGGAAGCCAGACUUGCCAUUUAG